AUGGACACUCCCGAUUAUCUCGAGCGCUAUCGCCAGUUGAGCGCACUGGAUCAGCAGAAGAAUCAGCUUAUCGAGGAACUCCUGCAACGAGUGACCGACCUUGAGACCUCCUUCCAGCAAGAGAAACUUGAUCACCAGCGCGAGACCCGCUUCAAUCGCGAUAUUCAACUACAUGAGAUGGAGUUGAUGCAACAAAUCUCCCAGAUCAAGACUAUUAUGGAUCGAGAGCCUUUCGUUGUCGUUCUUUUAGACGGAGAAGGGAUAAUAUUCAAAGAUGAAUAUUUGCAGCGGGGAGAAGAAGGUGGACGCAGUGCGGCCAAAGCCCUCGAAACGGGUAUGCGCACAUAUUUGGCCAAGAAUAUUCCCAGUGUUAUUGAGCCGAGGCUUUUGACCAAGAUCUUCUUAAAUGUGAAGAGCUUUGGUGAGCUUUGCGCCCGGAGUGGGACCAUACAAGAUGCUACUGCGAUUCAUGACUUCAUUCGCGGCUUCAAUGAGACCAUGUCAUUUUCUGAAAUUGUGGACGUCGGGUCCAUCAAAAACAAGGCAUACGAUAAGAUUCAAGAGAUGUUCCAAGUCUUCCUUUACAACUGCCAUUGCCACCAGAUCUUCCUGGGCUGUCCCUCAAAUAGCGAAUACGGAAAUUUUCUCGAGGAAUCGUUAAAUGAAGGAGAUUUAACGGGUCGUAUCUCACUCGUGGAGGGCGUCCCAUUCGAGAAGGAACUGGAGACUGUCAAGAGCUCAUAUCGCAUCGCCCGGUUCCCAGAUGUAUUCCGUUCAGCGAAAUUGGUGCCCGUCUGGACAGCGCCUUGGAAGAGUGCCCUUCCCUCCCGGUCAUUGCUCACGCCUUCUCCAUCCCAAUCGUUCUCGAUCCCCCCACCUUUGUCAAGAACAUCGACAAAUACGAGCUAUUCCGGCCUUGGUGGGCCUCUGUCGGCUUCCACUCCUAAUCAAACAGAAUCCCCCGAUUUUCAACAGGUCGUGCGCUCCAAGGUUGCUGGUUCGACAGCAUCCAAGACCGUUGAGCGAAAUAAAUAUGGGCAGCGCGUGGAUCGCCUCGAUUUCAAGAGCAUCCCUCGUGAUGAUCUCAAUCGUUUGAAGAAGCUCAAGUUGUGUAACUAUUUCUUCCUGCUGGGUGAAUGCCCUAACGAAGAAAAUUGCUACCACGAUCACGAUCGCAAGUUGACCCGCCAAGAACUCCACAUCCUGUCUGCUAUCGCCCGCAUGACACCAUGCCGAUUUGGCGUGGAAUGCGAUGACCCGGAAUGUAUUUACGGUCACCGUUGCCCACAGAGUGAGCCCGGGAAAAAGACCUGCUUCCGUGGAGACAGCUGUCGUUUCGAGCCUGUGGCUCACGGCAUUGACACCAACAUUGUCAAAGUGACAAAGGUUUAA